UAUAUGCAGUUAAUAACAUGAACAUAAAAACUCUUAGAGGGCUGGAAUUGAAACUCAUCAUCACAAAGGCAUCAAUUUUGUCCCAUUUAGCCAUAGGAAGCAAUUUUGUCCCACUUGGCUUCCAUAGGAAGCAAAGCUCACAGGUGAAAAAUCCAUCUCAGCAUUUAUGGAAAUUCUUCUGAUGCCACCACUUAGCACAGUGCCUGGCAAAUAGGAAAGACUCCAACAGUAUUUGUUAAAUAAAAUAUGAAUAAAUUUACACUCCCACCAAGGAACAAUUGACCCACACAUCAAAAACUCAGUCAUCUUUUAAGUAAAACUUAAGCAAUAAAAUUUGAACUUUACUCAUAAAACUUCCAGAUAGAGUUUGAACUAAUAAUACCAUUUUUUUCCCAGAAAAAGGAAAUGUGUGUUUAUGUGUGUGGUUGAGUACAGGUAUGAGUUGGGGGAAAAAGUGUAAAUGAGUAAGAGGUGGUCCUUUCAAGGAUGGGUACAGAGCUGAAGACUCCAGCUCUCUCCUGGCAGUGUUAGUUUUUACUGUUUCUGAUUUGACGGUUUGGGCCAUCUAUUUCCACUUCUCUAGAGCAUUCUUUAGCUUUGGGCUCCAUUGCAUCCUUCAAUAAUUCUCCCUUCAUGUGCCCACAAAAUGUGUUUGCCUUUCUUUUUUCCCUCACUACAUCUUUGAAGCCUGUGGGCAGGUUCAUGGAACCCGUAGAGCUGCAACACCCCUGAAGAUUGGAAUAUCUAGUUCUGACCUGUCAAUUCUAGUACCAUGAAGAUGGGUUUCCAGCUGCCACUGGACAUCUCCACUGGAUGUGCCACCCACAGCACCUCAAACUCCUAUUGCUAUCCUUUGGGUAGUCUAGAAGUAAUCAAAUCAAUCCCAAGUACACCUUGUGCUUUCCUUUCCCCAUGCUCUUAUUCUGUAUCCUUUGCCUAAAACUUCUCUUUCCAGGUUCUGUUAGAACUUUACCCAUAUUCCAAAGUCUAUCACAAACACUGCUUUCUUCAGGUAACUUUUUUCAGUGUCCAUCAUCAAAUAAUAUUCCUGAAGCCACUAAACCUACAGAAUUCUGUUAGCAACCUUUUAUGGUAUUUGCCUUAUUUUGUGUUGUAUUUUAAUUAUAUGGUGUUUAUUUUCUUCCAGAUUCUAAAUAUUAGGUUUAUGUCUUCUUAUUUAUCUUUGUAGCUAUUUUCUAGAGCUUAGAUCCUAGCAAAGUCCUUUGUUCAUAGCAGGUCCUCAUUAAAUAUUAAAUUAGUUUUAUAUGAUAAAUUGGGCUUAUGUAUUAAUGGCUAUUAUGUUUUGAAGGACCCAGGAAGUCCAUCCACCCGAAGUGUCUCCCCUAUUUUCCAGGCCAUAAUGUCUUCCUUAGGGAACUUUCUCUUCUACAAAUGGGGAUUUUCCACUAAAUUGUCUUUUUCUUCCCUAGCAACAAACUGUUGACUAGUUGAUAGUUGAGGUCUCCCAUCUUCUAAGAUUCACUCAUUAUCAUCUAAGAGGAAACAAAGUCGUAGAAGAAUAGACUAGAAGUCAGGUAUGUUCUCAAGGAGGUAACAACUAGGAAAAGGUUCAUGAAAGAGGUAGCGUGAUGGAAAGUACCUUGGGCUGUGCCACUUAUUAGUUGUGUGCCUUACUUUUCUCAUCUGUAAAAAUGGACAAUCAUAAUGAUUUCUAUCUUACAGAGAUGUGAUGAGACCUAAUAGUACCAUAUACCACAUACUAAAUAACAAAAUACUUAGAAUAAUACCUGGUACGCUCUAAGUGCUAAUCAGUGUUGGCUGUUAAGUAUUCAUAUAUAUGGUGUAUACAUAGUAUAUAUAAUCAUAUGCAUAUUAAGUAUAUACACUUAUACAUACUGAAUAAUACAUAUGCAUAUCUAUUUAACAACUAUUGUGAUUGUCAUUGCUCUUUUACCCCAUUUACCCAAUGGCAGAUCCCAGAGAAACUCCUGGAUAGCCAGAGACCUUAAGUGUCUAGGGAUAGAACGUUUAAAAGAAAAGAGAACUGGCUUUGUCAGACAGAUGAGGCUUUAACACACAGCUCUGCCACCUCUUCACUGUGCACGUUGAGGGGGUUACUUAACCUCUCUGAGCCUCAGGUUUUUCAUCUACAAAAUCUGAAUGCCUAUCUUUUACAUUGACUUUGAGGAUUAAACAAGCUCUUGUUCUCCCUAAUCAUUUUGAGAUUGAAUCUCAUUCUUUUGUUGAUUCUUAGCCUUUUUCUGAACUUCACAUUUGUUUUCUUGACAAAUCAAAUUCCACACUUUUUGUUUGGGACAAGCUUAGAAGAAAUAGGUAGCACAUUGCUUCAGGAAAAUGGUGGCAGCUAAUAAUUUCAAAUUAUUAAUAAUUUAAUGCAGUAGUGGAAUGUUAAAAUAUGUACCAAUUAAUAUGCACCAAGCCUAAUAGAGAACAAAUACUUACCAAAUUGUGGCUAAAUCCGUAAUCUAGAACAAAUUUAGCAGUCUGACCAGGUUUUGUUUUUUUUUUUUUAAUGAAAUAUGUUGUACCUAUGGAAAUAAUUAACUGUACUAAUCCACAGCUUUUACAGUUGGUUAUUUUUUUAAGUACAAGAAUUUAGAUUUUCACUGAAAACAGAAAGUCCUUUCCCUACAGUCCUGCUUGAAAGGAGUAUGUGGGGUUUGGGGGAGGGGGGAGAGAAAAAAAGGAGAAAAAAGCUGUCAUGAAAGUAUCUACAAACUCCUGGAUAUUUGGAUCUGAAAGAAAAAGAACCUUGUAAUGUACCUUCUCACAUUUAGUCCUGUUCUUGUAGUGCUGUGAUGUGGCACUUAAUGCUCUAGGGGACCUAGAGCAAGUGUUAACAAAUGCAACCAAAAGUCUCAUGAAAAUGAGCCUCUUAACAGUGUGUGAGCUGGUCUGCAAUGGCCUCAGGAAAUCCCCCCAGCUAUUCACGUCCUUUUUAUCCACUACAUUCUCUGACUCAAAGGGAAACCUCACUUCACCUCCUUGACCAGAAUUGAGCAGACAUUGAUUUGGUUACCCAGUGCUUUAUUUAUUCAUUUAUUAGUCUUCAUCAUUUGUAUUCCACUAGAACAAAAGAAUAUAUCUUUUCUUUGCAUUAAUUUUAAGUUUAAGAAUGUGCAAAUGUGUGUUUGUGGGAUAGUGCAUAUUUUUGUUGGUAUAAGUUUAUGGGUAGCUUGCUUUAAUUUAAAAUAUUUUCCAUCAGGGCUGUAAUACUUAGAGCCUCACCAUCACCCUCAUCACCAUACACGUAAAGUGAGCUGUUUAAAAGAGAAUCAUGUUUUUCUAUUCACUUAUAUAAUUAGUCAGGUCAGGUGUCACAUGGGAAAAAUAAGUGGCCCAAUGCAUAAUUUAAAAAAAAAAAUUAAGAAUCACAACUUUUACCUCAGUGAUAAUGAUGCGCUUAUCUAUGGGCAUUUUAUGUGUCUUAAUUGCCCCCCAAGAAAAGCCAAUAAGAAGUGAAUCCAAUUAAACAGCAGAUAUGUUGAAGCAAAUGCUAUGUAUAAACCACUGUACUGGGGGCAAUGGGAAAUUCAGAGAAGUAGAAGUCAGGUUUUAUUCUCCAGGAGCCUAUAGUCUAGUCAAGGAUACAUGACAGAAAAAGUGGAAUUGCACGCAACAACUAAAGAUUUAAAUAACGGCUCAAGAUAUUCCAGUGUGUUUUUUGCAUAAUUACCUUAAUAAUUUUAUUAAAAUAUACCACACAGUUAAUUUCUGUUCCACUUGAAGGACUCGCUGAUUGGGUACCAUAUAUUCGUAUAGCCACCUAAAUAGCAACAGUCCAUGAGAUCUUCAUCUGAAUUCAAUUCACAGAUAUGUUUCAACAAAGUUUGGACAAUUCAGGCAGUAAUAACUUGCAUUAUGGCAGAAUACAUGUUCCUGUCCUUUUAAAUGUUGAAUGCCUGUUAGCUUUACUACAAAUUUUCCUUCAGGAAUACUUGUUGAACUAAUAGAUAUUUCUAAGUAGAUGUUUGAUGUCAAGCAGCCAAGGAAUGGCUUUUGGAGAUAUUUUCACUACUCAAUACCAGCUUCAGAAGCCAUGCUUUCUGCAAUUUUAUAAUACUGAAUUUGGUCUUACGUAGCGGAUAUGUUCAAAGUAGAGUUGACCAGAACGCAACCAAAAUAAAUGCUAUUUAAUGUAUAAGCAAUCAUAAUCAACCCAGAGAUCAUAUAGGGACUAAAAGGAAAUAACAUCUCUUGUUACCACUUUAGUCAUAACCUAACAAGAAGGUUCAUGUAAGUUCAGGGGAAAACCAUGAAGGUAUAUACAACUUAAGUGUCGCAAAGUAUGCAAACUACCAUGCCCAACAUUUCUGCACAUACCUUACUCUUCUGCUGAAGUGUAAAUUAUAAUAACAUCAAUAAUACCAAGCAAAAGGGAUCCUUAGUUUACAAAGCAUUCUAGAUACAUCAUCCCUUUUGAUCCUCAGUGUGUGAUCUCAACAACUUGUGAGAUUGGCAAGGCACACAUCAUCCACAUUUUACAAAUGGAAAAAUCUAUGAAGUCUACAAGGACAGAUGACUUUCUUAAGGACACAGAGCUCUUAAAAGGCACACCUGCUUCUAAUGCUCACAGUGUGGCUGGCUCAGAGGAGACAGCAACCCAGACGGAAUCUUUGCCACACCACAACUAUCCUUCAAGGUACACAGGACUUGCCAGAGUGUGACCUGUAGACUUAAAUCUUCGGAGGAUGGAAGAGCCCUCAGGCCAAGAGGCGUACCUGCUAUGAUUUCAUGCAAGAAGGAAAAGGGAUGCUUAGCUGUCUUUUUUAUAACAUGUGCACCCCCCCCCCCCCCUUAUAUAGAGUCCUUGGUAAAUUCUGAGAAUUCUCAUACUUACUGAUUGGAUAAAGUCCUGAUGGUUUUCCAUGAAAUCACAGUUGUGUCUGAUCUGGUUGUAUCAGAGUUUUUUCCAGCCCCCUAAGAGCUUGGGAUUUAAUAUCUAAAAAAGUUUCAAUCCUGACCUGGAUAGUGCUUCCCACCUGUCAAGAUUUAUGUCUUUUCUGUUGAAAAAUUUGUGAAUAAAAUCAGUUGUCUUUGAGCUGGCUUCCUGGAGCUUCUUGCUUAUUUAAAAAUAUGGUAUGGAAAUUAUGGAGAUCAUGGGCCACUUUACUAAAACUGCGUAUCACUGGGAGUUGAUAAAGAAGUAUGGUUCUGAAUCGCAGAAGCUGCAAGCUUUCAUUUGCAAUAUAGAAUUCAGAGCUGUCACUAAAUUUUGCUACCUGAUGAAUAGAAAGGCGGAGUUUCAAAUCAAGAAAUUCAGCACUUAGUUCCAGAAACUAAAAACAUCGGUGGGUCCUCCAUUCAAUAAUGGAUCCGUUACAAGUCUACAGACUUCCAGCCUUCAUUUUGGCUUGCAGAGUUAGACCUGGCACCUGAAGCUUGAAUUUUUGCUAUUAUUACUUCAGAGCCCCAGCUGAUGCAAAAAAGCAAGGCGAUAUCCCCAACACCUUGGUCUCAGGACACUCACAAUCCAAAUUAAUGUUUCUUCCAUAAUGAUAAUCCUGCAGUUAUAGCAUGUUUUCAUAUUCAUGAUCUUAUUAAGUCCUACAUUAGCCGUAUGCACGGACAGGGGGACUAUUAUUAUUAUUGUUAUCAACAUCAUCAUUCCCAUUUUGUAGAUGAGGAGAUAAACUAAGAACAUGAUCUGUGGUCACAUAGCUGAUGACAAAGCCACAGUUAUACCCAGGUGAGCAGGUGACCUCACUCAUAGCCCAUAUUUUUCACCAGACUUGCCAAGGCUCACAGAUUUGCCCUCUGACAGUGCUUCUCAGCCAGGUUUUAGAAUUACCUAAAGGGAUCUUUAAAACAUAGGCACUGAUAUAUCCACCUCUGAGUAUCUGAUUCACUAGGUCUGGAGUACAGCCCAAGAAUUUAUUUUUCUAACCAUUUUCUAGGCAAUUCUAAUGCUGCCAAGGAGCACUGUUUUAGGAGUGCUGUUCUAUAGAUUGCAGUAAUUGAAUGGCAAUGAUACAUUAAGGCAAGAUAGUCUUAGAAGGAGGAAGUUUGUUUUGCAUGAUGCCACCUCAUGCCUCAUCCUUUUCUCCAUUUGUGACCUCCACUGGGAAAGAGCAGAGCAGGUGGGGGGAGGGGAGCUGGUAAGAGGGCACCUUGCUGUUUAAAAUGAGUUUAAAUCUUCUGGCACUCAAGAAUUGGACAGCAAAACCCUUUUACUGUGAAAGCAAAACCCUACUACUGUAGAUUAACUUGGAGGUAUCUGAUUGCCAACCCAGAAAUGAAGAAAUGCUUUAAGACUGGACAUGGCAAACGUGAUUAGAUGCCUCUAUAGACAACUGAUCCAUUCACCAACAAUCUUUAGAUAGAUUUCUCCAUGUCAACCUAGGAUGUUCUUAAUGGCAAGAAAGAGAGACCCAUUCUUGAUCUAUCCUAGUCAACGUUUUUCUGAAGACUGGGGAGAAGUUUCUUUUAUCAUAGGCUCAGUUUGAGUCAACAAGGUAAUACGUCUGCUAAAAUAAAUAAGUAAAAAUAAAAAAUAAAAGGAAGAAGCUUGCCUUUUCUAGCUUCUGGAGGCCAUCUGUACUCAGCCCAGGACCACAAAUAACUCCAACCUCUUGUCUCCAUCAUCAUCUCCUACUACUAGCAGUUACUACUAGCUCUGAUCCUUCUACUACCUCUGGUCCUCCUGCCCCUCUUUUAUAUGAACCUCAUGAUUACAUUUAGGGACUACCUACCUUAUAUAGGAUAAUCUCCCCAUCUAAGUACCCUUAAUUAACCACAUCGGCAAGACCCCUUUGACAUAGAAGAUAAUGUUCAUAGUUUCCAGGAGUUAGGACAUGGAUAUCUUUUGUGGGGUCUUUAUUCAGCCUGCCACAGCCUCUUUGUGAUAUGUUUCUCGGACUACGUUAAGAACAUGGUACUUCUUUCUUGGCAGCAGUGCGUAAGAGGUUCAAUGAUGAAGAAGAGGGAAUGGGACCAGGAAACAGAAGAACUAGGUUCCAGCACAAGUUUUGCUUCUACCAAGUUGUGUAAUCGUAAGCUCAUCUGACAAAAUGUCUCUGUAAAAUGUUUCAGCUCUUCUCUGUGAACUGACGGAACCAAAGAAUCUCCUAAACACUUCCUAUAUCUAAGAUCCUGUGCCUCCUUAAAUCUAUCUAGAUGAUAUUUAAAUCUAAAAACAAGAGCUUGCUUACCACCUCUAAUAUUCAGAGCAAAUCUUGUUCACCUUUCUUUUGAAUUCCAAAUUCACUUAAAUUUUGAAUUUAGUUGUGCUAUCCAAGGACUUCUUACUGUAAAAAUCAUGGUGAGGCUAGGAAAAUCGCCAGUAUAAGUACUUUUUGCUACCUAAUUCUUAAAUAUCCUAUCCAAUAAUACUACUUUAGUCUAAACGUCAAAUCACUAGUAUUGUACAUAUUGGAUACUAGGAACACAGAAAGAAUAGACUGUAAUUGCAUAUGAAGAACUAAGAGAGAAUAGUUGUUGCGUCAGCUCAUCUGAGAUACCAUCUACUACCAAGAGCAGGUACAAUAGAUUAAAUAUGCCAAGGAGAGUGUAAAGACCUUGUCCCAAAGAUCUCGGUCUCAAGGCAUGAAUGACAAACUAGAGGAUAGUCACUGAGUGACUGCUGUCAUUAUGAUAAGGGUCAAAGAGAUGGAAAAGGGCUGAGAUUUUAUUGUUUUUGCUUUUUUUUUUUUUUUCAGUGUGUUUUUUCAGUUCUCAGAUAAGACCUGGAACUUGACCACUGAUUCACAAAAGGAAAUCGGGCUAGUUUGCUACAGAUCUCUCCACAGCAUGGGAGUCAUCCCACAAACACUGAUUUUAAAUGAUGAUUUACGGAGGGCCACAAAGAAUAAUUUGGAGGAAGUUUAUAGGAAAGAAAGCUUUGAGAGCUGAACCAGAAAAGGUGCUUGAAAGUAAAUCAAAUUAUGGCAUACAUUGAAUUAUGGCAUUUAUUAUUAUGUGCAGAGUAUGCAUGGAAUUUUGAACUAAAAGCCGAGGAAGCAAAGGUCUAGAAACUCUCAUGCAUAGUAAAUAAAUUAACCCUUUAUUCUGUUACUUUCUGCGCUCCCUAUAUUUGGUGGACUUGUUCAUACAAAUGUACACUGAAAAGGACUAAUAAACCAUGCUCUACCUUGAGUACAUUCAACUAUUUGUGCACAUGCUUCAAAUACAUGCCUUCAGGAGAUUUUCUUUGGUAUCAUGUAGACACAGUCUGUAUUUCAAAGGCCAAGAAUUCUUUGGGAAAAGAAGAAGGGUCGUGUGUGUUUAUGACUGUCAAACUUUCCUAAGUUUAUUAAGUUGGGAUCCUUUGUCCUUUUCUUCCAUAAUUUUGAAGAUUAUUCUAGUAAUAUGUUUGGUGAAGAAAAAACCUGCCAAAUAAGUCAGGGUCUAAUAAUUGUAUUAAUGACUGUUCUAAAACCCGUGAGUUCAGUAUACUAUACCAUUCAGAACCGUGUUGUUUCUACUUUAAAAGAUCAGUUUUCAUUGCUAAUUUUUGUGCUGGAAACUAUACAGUAUAAGGAAAUCAGUUUAUCAUGAGCAUCAUGAUAAAUCAGCUCUUGAAAUAUCUGCCCAUGAGGAAAAAAAACUAUAUGAUUGGAAUCCUGUCACCAAGGAAAUGGUUUAAAAAUCUGUUUGUUUCAAAUAUUAGCUUCAGCUAGUUAUCUUUUUGUGAUGACUUUAAUUCUUUUGCCCAUUCAUUCAUUUAUUACAUGGCUCCUAUACAGUAAUCAGUUAGAAGAAAAGAACACCCCAUACUAUUAUGCAAACCUUAAAUAUAACUAUAUGUUUUUGUGUGUUCCUAUGCUUUUUUAAAGAGCACAUUUGUGACAGGAAAUGAAGAAUGGCAUAGUCGGGGAAAAAUUAAAGAGACACGAUGUAAUUAUCCGAACUGGAAUUAAGCCAAUUAAUAACCCGUGUGCUAACACUACCCUCAAAGUGCUGAAAAUGUCGUCAGAUAUUUAAAUGCCCUGGGUGGUCAUAGCCAGCAAUCUUCGCCUCAUCCAUUUUCAACAGCACACAGGGACAGGGCUCACCCUGGCUUCUGAGGAAGGGCCGCCACCUGAAGUGAGCUGCUGAAGAGAUAUAGGUGCAGAUUGCAUAAUCCGAGCACAAGUGAUUGUGCACAGAUUUUCACUUAUUUUUAAUGAAAUCAAAACACUGGUGUCUUAUUCAACAAAUAUUCAACACAUAUUUACUGAAUAAUACCUACCGUGUGGCAGCCCAGCAUCAUGGUUGAGGAUACAGGCUUCAAAGUCACCCUGCCUGGAUUUCAUCUCGAGCUCCACACUUACUAGAUGUGUGCUCUUGAACACGUUAUCUCACCCCUCUAUUCCUCGGGGGUUUUUUCUAUGAAAUGAGGAUUUGUAGUGCUUAAUUCAUAGAGUUGCUGUGACACUAAGGUAUGACACAAAUAUCAAGUACUUAGAGUGCUGAGCACAAAUCAAGUACUCGGUAAUACAUUGGUUAUUAUUAUUAUUAUUAUGAGCUGGGAAAUAUACCAAAGUCUGGGUAGAAAGAGAUCAGACAAUUCUCAGAUGAUGUUUGGAGUUUAAAUUCUAGAACCUUGGGAUUCUAAGUUUUGUAAUCUCUACUGCCAGUACUUUCCAGUAGAAAUCUGUAUAUUAGGUCCUUGCUUUACUAUGAGUAUCCCUGUCUUGAACCUACAUGCUUUGAAUAUAACACACUCAGCACAUCCAUAGCACGCAGUUUUAUUUAUUUAUACCCUCACUGUAUGCCUACCUCAAUAAUAAUUGCCACGUAAUACCAUCCAUGGACUGUAUAUAUGUUAGCUCAUGUCAUGCUUAGAACAACCAUGUGGGAUUAAUAUUAUCACCUUUUACAGGUAGGGAAACUGAGGCUCUGAGAGUGGCCAUGACUUACACAGUGUUAUAAAGGUCUCUUUGACUCCAAAGCUCAUUCCCUUCUUCACCCAAUUCACCCCACAUGGAUUUACUAAGCACAUCACUUCUCUGCUGCAGGUUCUUGCCUAUCAGGUGCUUUGAGACCUGCAGGAGGACCAGUGUCAAAAUCGGUGGUUCCACCUCUCCCUAAAUUGACUGACUGUGGACCAGGUGUUUUAGACACGUCACAGCAGCCAUUGUUAAAGAGUCGAUGUACAAAUAAACUAAAUGACUCUGGCUAUGACUUCUCUCAGCUUACUCGUCCUCCAGUGGGCUCCCAGGUGCCUGACAUUUCUGUCAAUUUUCUUCUUCCACCCUAAGUAGCAACAGCGUCACUGAAGCAUGACUGAGAAGGAGUUUUCCCUUUUAUGUACACCAUGAUUCUUGUUUUAGGACAAGAGACUUCAUCUCUCCAGUGACACCUGAUGGUACUGCUCUUUUCAUAAGCACCUCUUCCCCCUUAAAGAAAAAAAAAAAAGCACCUUCAAUUAUCUGUUGUCAAAAGGGAGAUCCUUACUGAAUAGGAUCAUAUGUGUCAAAAAAAAAAGAUACCAUCCAAUGUAUGGGCAGGUAAUACUGUUUUCCCUUUCUCUUUUAGAAGCUCAUUUCAAUUGAAAUAUAUAGGAAGAGUUGCCCACAGCUAAUGUUCCAGGUAGCAAAUCUCACCAGUGAUUUAGAAUGGCAUUGUAGGCUAAUAGCCUCAAUCUCUUUCACCCACAGUGUGCCUACAUUUUAAAAAUGACUUGUAGGGGAAAACAACAUCUUCUUACAUGGUGACACACAGCAGAUGAUAUACAUAGAGAGAAUUGCAAACUCUGGGAGAGAUCUCUGUGGAUCAAUCCACUGGCCUUCAUUAGCUUGGAAUGUGACACCAACUAUACCUUGUCGAGACAGGCCCUCUACCAUGCUGUAUUUUUCUACUUUUUUUCCUGACACUGAAUUAAGACUUAAAUCCCUAUCCUUAGAAUUCAAAAUGGACAAGAAAAUGUUUCAACUUCGCUAUUCAGACGUUUUAAAAACUGGAGGUUUGUGCAGUAACUGCAGGGAUGGAGCAAUCUUGUUAUUCUGGAGACAAGGGUGAUAGCCAUACCUGUUGGGCCAGAGUCUGUAAUGAAAACUGGAGGUUAGCUGGUAUGACAGGCAGAGCACCAGCCUGGUGGGCUGCUGAGGCCCUGGGUUCCAAUGUCAACUUGCGAUUGCCUUUGUAAUUUAUUGGCCUGAGUCUCCGGGCCUCAGUUUCCUCGUCUGCUAAAUUAGGGCGUUGGGGAGAUUGAUCUCCCUGGCUUUUUCCGGCUCUGGUAUUCUCUGGGUCUGCAAAUCGCCUUCAGUGUCUGCCAUAGUCUGCCUUGCCAGCUCUGUUUGUCACAAAGAUUAAUCCAUUUUAACUGUACCUUAGAGUGCUCCCGGGAGAGAGGAUGGAUGGAUUGUUUUGCACCUAUUAUUGCAUCAGAACUUUUGCCUUUUUAGACGAGAUCGUGCCGUGCCUAAAAUCUGUCUGCCUGUCUGCCCACUGACUUUGUCUGUGCUGAUCUCUUGCCACGGUGCCUCUUCUCCCAGCAUCCAUCUCCCUCCAAGAUCUAGACUAGGCAUCUGACUGUACCUGUCUUGUUCUCUGCAGCAUCUGUCUGCUACGCUCCUAGACCAUCGUUAAUAAACUUUCACACAUUACACGCAGACCCUAAUAUAUGGGCACCUGCACACAAAUAUCUACUGUUCAUAAAACUAGGGGAGAAAACUCCCUUUUUUAAAAGACCUCUAUCUAGUGCCAUUUGUAUUUGCACUUUUUGUUUAGUUGUAAGUUUUAAUAGUUCCCCCUUUGAGGAUUUGUCAGUACGAGCAGUAUUGCUUAUCAGAACACACCAACAGUCUUUUUGUAAUAUUCGCUUUUCCCCUUUGGUUCAGCCGAGCCUGCUGACAGAUCAUUCAAAUUCAAUUGUUUUAUGUCUAAGCCGAACAGCUAAUUAAAGUAGGGAUGAUUAACCUGACUGGCAGUGUCGCUCUCCCUCGCGCUCUCUCUCCCUCUCCCUUUCUCUCUCUCCCUCCCUCCUGCUCCAAUCAGUCUUUUUCUCACACUCUCUCUCUCCUUCCGUGUGUGUCUCUCUCUCCCUCUCUCUCUCCCUCUCUCUCUCUCCCCCCCCCUCCCUCUCUCCCCCCUCUCUCUUCCUCUCUCGGUCUCUCUCUCCCUCCUUCGGUUGGUCUCUCUCUCUCUCUGUCUCUUGCUCUACUGUUUUUUUUUUCCUCUCUCUCUCUCCUAAACGUGGUCUGCUUGCUGAUGGCAGAAUGGCACUCGGAGAUUUGUGCAUUGUGUCUGGUUUCCUACGGGCAGGCUGACCCAGUGCCUCCAGGGACUUAUCAAUAGACCACUCAGAAGAGACACAGACAGGAGAGAGGAGGAGGGGUGGGGGGAGAGAGAGAGAAUCAAUAUCAAGAAUAGAAGGAGCUCCGAAGCCAUUUUUUUUUUAAAGAAGUAUCGGGACUUGGGAGAGGGUGACAAAGAAGGUUUUUCAAAGAGGCAGUGGAGGAGGUUCUAAUAAAUUUGGAAGGAAACAGUUCCCUGUCUUGGGAAAAGGAGAACUCCUGACUGAUUAGCAUUCACACCAGAUGCAGCCGCUCUCUGUUCCCUGCCCCAAUGAACAUCUGCACUAGGCCCAAGCCUUGGAGUGAUUUACCUGAAGAGUGACACCAUUGAUUUGGAAACUACUAUGAGGAAACUGAAGCCCAGAGAGGUGAAGUGAGGUGCCCAAGGCCACACAGCAAGUUAGAGGCACAGCUAGUACCAUAGCUCAAGUCUCCUGACUCCCAGUCCAGUGCUCCUCCCAUUACUCCACGGGUCCUGUCUCUAAGCUUCCUGACAAAUGCUAGAACGGAAGAAACCCAAGACAGCUGAAAACCAGAAGGCAUCUGAGGAGAAUGAGAUUACUCAGCCGGGUGGAUCCAACGCCAAGCCGGGCCUUCCCUGCCUGAACUUUGAAGCUGUUUUGUCUCCAGACCCAGCCCUCAUCCACUCAACACAUUCACUGACAAACUCUCACGCUCACACCGGGUCAUCUGAUUGUGACAUCAGUUGCAAGGGGAUGACCGAGCGCAUUCACAGCAUCAACCUUCACAACUUCAGCAAUUCCGUGCUCGAGACCCUCAACGAGCAGCGCAACCGUGGCCACUUCUGUGACGUGACGGUGCGCAUCCACGGGAGCAUGCUGCGCGCACACCGCUGCGUGCUGGCAGCCGGCAGCCCCUUCUUCCAGGACAAGCUGCUGUUGGGCUACAGCGACAUCGAGAUCCCAUCCGUGGUGUCGGUACAGUCGGUGCAAAAGCUCAUUGACUUCAUGUACAGCGGCGUGCUGCGCGUCUCGCAGUCGGAAGCCCUACAGAUCCUCACGGCCGCCAGCAUCCUGCAGAUCAAAACAGUCAUCGAUGAGUGCACGCGCAUCGUGUCGCAGAACGUGGGCGAUGUGUUCCCGGGGAUCCAGGACUCCGGCCAGGACACGCCACGGGGCACUCCCGAGUCAGGCACAUCGGGCCAGAGCAGCGACACUGAGUCGGGCUACCUGCAGAGCCACCCGCAGCACAGCGUGGACAGGAUCUACUCGGCACUCUACGCAUGCUCCAUGCAGAACGGCAGUGGUGAGCGCUCCUUCUACAGCGGUGCGGUGGUCAGCCACCACGAGACUGCACUCGGCCUGCCCCGUGACCACCACAUGGAAGACCCCAGCUGGAUCACGCGCAUCCAUGAGCGCUCGCAGCAGAUGGAGCGCUACCUGUCCACCACCCCCGAGACCACGCACUGCCGCAAGCAGCCCCGGCCGGUGCGCAUCCAGACCCUGGUGGGCAACAUCCACAUUAAACAGGAGAUGGAGGACGAUUACGACUACUAUGGGCAGCAAAGGGUGCAGAUCCUGGAGCGCAACGAAUCCGAGGAGUGCACGGAAGACACCGACCAGGCGGAGGGCACCGAGAGUGAGCCCAAGGGCGAGAGCUUCGACUCGGGCGUCAGUUCCUCCAUAGGCACCGAGCCUGACUCUGUGGAGCAGCAGUUCGGGCCGGGGGCAGCGCGGGAUGGCCAGGCCGAGCCUGCCCAAGCCGAACAGGCCACGGAAGCUCCUGCUGAGGGCGGCCCGCAGCCGCACCAGCUAGAAACAGGUGCCUCCUCCCCGGAGAGAAGCAACGAGGUAGAGAUGGACAACACGGUCAUCACUGUCAGCAACAGCUCCGACAAGAGCGUCCUGCAGCAGCCUUCGGUCAACACGUCCAUUGGGCAGCCAUUGCCAAGUACCCAGCUCUACUUACGCCAGACAGAAACCCUCACCAGCAACUUGAGGAUGCCUCUGACCUUGACCAGCAACACACAGGUCAUUGGCACAGCCGGCAACACCUACCUGCCGGCCCUCUUCACUACCCAGCCCGCGGGCAGUGGCCCCAAGCCUUUCCUCUUCAGCCUGCCACAGCCCCUGGCAGGCCAGCAGACCCAGUUUGUGACAGUGUCCCAGCCCGGCCUGUCGACCUUUACUGCACAGCUGCCAGCGCCACAGCCCCUGGCCCCAUCCGCAGGCCACAGCACAGCCAGUGGGCAGGGCGAAAAAAAGCCUUAUGAGUGCACUCUCUGCAACAAGACUUUCACCGCCAAACAGAACUACGUCAAGCACAUGUUCGUACACACAGGUGAGAAGCCCCACCAAUGCAGCAUCUGUUGGCGCUCCUUCUCCUUAAAGGAUUACCUUAUCAAGCACAUGGUGACACACACAGGAGUGAGGGCAUACCAGUGCAGUAUCUGCAACAAGCGCUUCACCCAGAAAAGCUCUCUCAAUGUGCACAUGCGUCUCCACCGGGGGGAGAAGUCCUAUGAGUGCUACAUCUGCAAAAAGAAGUUCUCCCACAAGACCCUCCUGGAGCGACACGUGGCCCUGCACAGUGCCAGCAACGGGACCCCUCCCGCGGGAACACCCCCAGGUGCCCGCGCCGGCCCCCCGGGGGUGGUGGCCUGCACCGAGGGGACCACUUACGUCUGCUCCGUCUGUCCAGCAAAGUUUGACCAAAUCGAGCAGUUCAACGACCACAUGAGGAUGCACGUGUCUGACGGAUAAGUAGUUAUCUUUCUCUCUUUCUUAUGAACAAAACAAAACAACAAAAAAGAAACAAACAAACAAAAAAAGCUAUGGCACUAGAAUUUAAGAAAUGUUUUGGUUUCGUUUUUACUUUCUGUUUUUGUUUUUUGUUUCGUUUCAUUUUGUACUACAUGAAGAACUGUUUUUUGCCUGCUGGUACAUUACAUUUCCGGAGGCUCGGGUGAAUGAUAGUUUUCCCAGCCUCCCUCGGAUGGUGGCCUUAAGGCCUGGUAGUGCUUCAAGAGGUCCACUGGUUGGAUCUCUAGCUACUGGCCUCUAAAUACAACCCUUCUUUACAAAAAAAAAAUCUUUAAAAAAAAAAAAAAGUAAAAAAAAAAAAAUUUUUUUUUUUCACUUGUGAAGAGCACUACAAAAAAUCUAUAACAAAAUCUAAAAGGCCUACUGUCUUUAAGUACACCGCUUGCAGUGUUUCAGUGGACAUUUUCACAAUUCUGGCCGCUCGGACUUCACAGUAACCAGUUAAAACUGUGGAAUAUCGCUUCUGGUUGAAAACCCAGAGGAAAGGCCCUGCUGUUUUCCACCUACCACGUUGUCUGAUUUCAUAAAAGGGCUGGGGGGGGUGGGAACGGGCAGUGGGUCGGGUGGUGUGGGAAAGGCGAAUGGCAGGCUUCUCCCCCAGAUUCUGCUGAGUCCGCACCCCCUGGCCCACCUCCUUCAUAUCCCCCCUUUCAGCAGAAGCCAGGAAGACUUGGACAAGCAUCAAGCAACAGUGGCUAUCGUAUUUAUUCAGUGUCUUCGCUGAGCCACAGCCUCAGCACAAUCAAGAGGGACUUUCAUGAAAGGCAGGAAUGCAGAUAAAACAAAGAUAUCAGAGGUUUGCACCUACGUUUCUAGGUACAAGAGAAGGAUUAUUUCCAACAAUCUUUGCAAAAAAAAAAAACAAAAAAAAAAGUGUCAGGAUAUAUUCUUGUGGAAGAGAAAAAGAAAGAGAAAUGGAGGGUGGGGGGGAAUAAUAAAAAGUUCUUGAGGCUUUUUUAAUUCAAAAUUUUAUAGAGGGGCAAAAGUGACGUUUACCAGAUAGAAUGCUGAUUUUUUUAAUAUAUUUACGACAGUAUUUGUGUAAAAAAAAAAACAAAAAAAAGUGAGAUUGUUAAAAGUAAUUUUUUUUUGUUUUGGUUUUGCAUACACUGCCACCGAUCCCUUCUCUUUUAUUUUAUUUCACACACGUAUAUAUAUUUUUUGGUAAGUCAAGACUGUUAAGGUUAGCGCUACUGCUUCCAGAUAGAAAGAAUAAAAGGCAAUUAAAGUUAUAUUUGAAAGAGAGGAAGGAUAUUUUCUUCAUAUUUUUUUUAAUUUUUCUUAAUUUUUAUUAUUUUAAGUAUUGCCUGGGUUGCUGAGGGCCUCUGUGGCCAGCCCAUCCCUGCUGUAAUUUGAACCUGCUGCUUUGUAUUUUGAUACGUAGUUCUUUGACUUUUAGCAAAGCGUUAAGUUGCUCCACUGAAUUUUUUUUUCAACUGAUCCAUCUAGAAUUCUGUUCUUUUUCAUGGGAGGACUUUAUCUUUCAGAAACAGAUUCCUUGCUUCUCUAUAAGUUCAUUGAGAUCUUAUGAUUCUAGAAUUUCUAUUGACUUUACUUCUUUUCUUUAAGGAAACGCUAGUAGUCUAGAGGCCGUGACAAAUGGGUUUUCCUUUUGUGGUCAGCCAGGAGGAGGAGUUCAGGCCUCCUCACCCUUCACAACUACAGAGAGCAGCGUUAUCAGAAGCCUGGUACAGAUCAGGAUGCCUUGAUGCCAAAAUUACUUUCUUCCUUUCAAAUGCCACCUUCUGACUAUUUCCACCAUGGCUGAGAGGGCUAAAUAAGAUGACCGUCCUUUAGAUGAUUUCUUAACCCUUGCUUUUGGGAAAGUUUUAAAGAAAUUAACAGAUAUUUCUCAGAUGGCAACAUCCAUCAUUCAAAAGGCCACCAGUCCAUUGCAUCAUCCUAGAUGCCACUCUCUCUUCCUAGUUGGGAUUUCUCUCCUCGGUCCUGAUCAAAGCAUCGUAAUAGGGAUUUUUCCAUUCUAGACAGUGUCCUGAAGGGAUUCCGUCUCAAAUAGAAGAAUUCUUAAGCCUAACAAAUAUUCCAAAGGUGAUUUUAUUGCUGAGCAUGUUUUAACACUCUUCAGGGGGGAAAAGGACAUCUUUAAACAAAGCAGAAACACCAAACCACAAUUUUAAAAAAGAAGCAAAGACAGUAUUUUAGUUUCAAAAUUGCUUUGCAUUUUAAUUCUCCUGUCAGCGACUUAUUUGCAAAAACUGCAACAAAUGAGAAGAAAUCUUCCAAGGGAAGCAACUCUGUAAUGGCGAAAAUGCUUUUACUCAUAUAUUUUAGAUAUUGGUUAACUCGGAUCUUUUCCAUAAGUUCUUGGUGAUGUUUAGUAGGAUUAGUGCAACUAGGGUAUAUGUGGGUUUUAUUUGGUCCUAUGGUCCUUUAUUCGGUAAAUAAUUUGCUAGAAGUUUAGUGUAGACUUGGAUGGUUAACUGAUGAGUGUCACUCAUCGUGAUUUCUAAGAGGAGUUCUAACAAGAGCUAUGUGUCCAAAAUUGACCUGUUUUAAAAGUUAGUGGGGAACAGCUUCAGAAAUAAGAUAAAGUCCAUUUUUCUCUGCUAAUUUUGCAUUUUAAAAUAGCAGUGUUGUUAAGACUCUAUAUUUCCACUUACUGCCAACAGAGGGAGCAUUAGUUAAUUAACCAUGUCAUGGAAUUGUUUUGAUCUCUUGAAAACAACUCAUUCAACCCAUGACAUAAAAAAGAAAAAAUUGACAUUAAGAAAAAAAGUUGUUUAAUCUGGAGGAAAAAUGACAUGAAAUCACUCAGCAUGUGCUACAAAGGAAGAAGCCAAAAGCCACUUCAAAAUUUUUUCAGUUAUUUGACAGUAGCUGACUUAAGUAAGAUAGUGUCCUUAUUCCAACCUUAGCAAAGUAGGCAGAAUUUAUAAUACUUCUAGAAAAGUUGAUCUUGGGUGCCAUAGUGGGCCACAUUUAGCAAUCUGCUUCUUAAAUCAGAGGGAGACCCAUUUACCCUAAUGCUGAUUUGCCAUGUGAAAAUCUAAGCAAUUGGUUUAAAAGAAAAUCCACAUUUUGCUAUAGAACAUGUAGAGGGAAGAACUUCCACUUGGGUUUGAAACACUAAUAUUCAUCCCUUCCCUUCAAAUGAAGCAUCUCUUUUUUAAAAAUGUUGGAGAACUCCCUGAGAAUUCUUGAGGAGGUGAUGCAGUCAUUAUAACCACAUGGACUCUCCAGGUUUGCAUAGCAGUCGACUUUUUCUUACUGUAUGUCUAUUCCUCCCAAACACUCAUAGUCUAAAAUAGUUGGCAGAUUUGUUCUCUGGAGAGAGGAAGAAGCUAGACUGCAGAUCUAAACUGGGGAGCCAUGAACUUGCUACGGGGUCAUUACUGAUCUCUUGAAAGGGCUAUCUUCUAAACUGAUGUAAACUAGACUGUACCUAUUUCAAAAGGAUAGAGAUGCUUUUAGAUCGGCAAUCCUUACUUUUAAAUUAAAUAAUUCCCAACAUCUUAAGAAAUGGGGAAACAUUUUGCUUCAAGAAUAGACGAUGAGCAUGAAUCCUUUAUUUUUUAGUUUCAAAUGCAACAAUCUUCUUACAUUUAGAACUUCAUGCUAGGAUGCUAUGAGUGCUAAAAAAAAUUUUUUUCAGUAGUCAGGGGAAAAAAAUAGAUAAAAUGGAAGCAAAUGUUCCAGAUUUAAGACCUCUUAGGAUGAAUACAGGGAACAAGAACUGGUUUGGAAAAGAACAUUUUUUUUUAGUAAUUUAUGAUUUAAAAGUGGGUUAGCUGAACAAGGGAAAGGAAAAAAGUCAAAGGAGAAUAUUUAUCUCAUGACAUUUAGAUAUAGUUAUGAAAAAUAAAAUUUCCCAGCACUGAAAACAUUGGUAGCAUCUCAGCAUAGAGGGCAAUAACUAUAAUAAAUGCCAAUAUUUGUUCCCAAAAAAAAAACCCAAAUGUGUAAAAUAUAGUCCCCAAAAAGGAAGGAAUUGGAACAGAUGGAUCUGAUACAGAUUUACACAUGGGAAAAGAUUAAGAAACAAGCAAGGCAAAAAUAAUUUGAAAUGAAAGUGUCUGUAUCAAAAUGGCUUUUACUAUAUAUUUUAAUUGAGUUGUAAACUUUAGGUCCUAAUAAUAGUUUCAUAGGCUUUUUCCUGCCCAGAUUCCUAAUGCUCUGAAACUGUUUGUGCCAUGAGUAAGUGUGGUGGAUAAUUUCCUUCUUCUGUUCCAGCUUUAGUCUAUUCCUUCUUCUGAGGCAUCUUGGAGCCCACAAUCGUUCGCAGCCCUAGAAGGAAAAGACUUGGAUUGGCUUUGUUGAAAAGUUAUGGGUUUUAUUUACCAUCCCAAUAUUCUAUAAGGACCAAGAAACCCCUUUGGAACCCAUGAACCAUUAGAAUUUGUACAUUCUGAUAUGAGAAGUAAAAAGGUUUCCUCUGGGUGUAUGAGCUUCAAGUAAGUCCUAAUGCCUUGACCUACUUGUGUGUCCAUCUUACAAGCACACCAGCAGUAUGUGCCCAGCCCAUACCCCAAAUCUGUUUUCCCUCAGCAGUUGAAAAUGAGGUGUGCCCCUUAUAAAAUCCCUCAGGUCCCUGACAGAACAUAAUAAAGGUUCAUGUACCUUCCUAGAUGUGCUUCCUCCAUCAUGCUCCCCAACACCUGUUGCCUUUAGGAAAGGGAGCAGUGAGCUAGAUCUGGCCAGGAUUCAUACUCGACAUACCCAUGCAGGAGACUUUCUCUGUUGUUACAGAAGAUGUUAUUUAAUCAGCUGAGGCUGGGAGCAGAGGGUAUGAGAUUCUGCAGAAGAGGUAUCAGAUAACCAAAUCAGGACUGCUUCUGCUGUGCAAAAAAGAAACAAAAUGAAGGUGCAAUGCAAGAGCAGACACAACCUGAGAUGCCCUUGGGAUUUCAAAGGGAGGGUGCCGUUUCUGUUGUGACCUGACUCUUAAAAGAAAUCUCCUGAAAGAAUUCUUUAAUUUAGUCAUGAGUUGAAGUCCAGGGUAAUGGAAGCCCUGGGGAAGAGAACAAAAGGACUGCACACUGUAUUCAGCACCCAAUAAUGCGAAACCAAAAAACAUCCAAUCCCAACCCUAGGAAGUUUGGCAAGAAGUAUUUAGAGAAAUCUCUGGGCUUUUCCAUGGGUAGUAGGGUCGACAGACUUUCUUUUGAGUGAUUUCUGGCUCUGAGAAACCUCUUUACUCACUAGAAAAGAACUUUCUUUAAAUGGCCAAUUUUAUCCCCCAGAAAAAGAAAUUUAAAAAAAUAAAAUAAAAUAGGACACUAAAGACAGAACCAUGUGACUUGGUAACAAACAAAAGGAAGGGCGCACUAGAAUUUCAAUAGAUUUCCUAAUUCCAUAGAAAAAGCAAGGCAACCCAAGGCCUUUCCAUCUGCAGUGCUUGAAGAGAGUGCUUGUGCUGACCCAGCCCCCUGGGGCUUUCUGAGGCUCGACAUAACCUCCCCAUUGGGAUGGGGGCAGCCCCUUUCUCUUCACGUUGUCAUGAAGAAAAAGACCCUUCUCUGAGGUGCCCAGGAAAUAGAUUGCAUGGGGCAAACUUUCAAAAGCUAUCACUACCCUGGUGCUCAGGCAGCAUGUGGAGACAGAAAAGGGGGCGCAGAAGAGCUCUUGCUCUCCAGUGAGAAUAUUUUCAUAUUCCCAAGGGCUCUCUGUGUGGAGUUGCCAUUUCUCAUACUGCUUAAACCUCUGCAAGAGGAAAAGCUAUGGUGACUCAGUGUUUGUGUAAACACAAAACAUGGAAAUUACUAACCCAAAGCAUCAUUUCUAGCACUAGGUAUUACGAUAAUGAGCCUGAUCAAAAUUGCCCAGAGAUUUUUCUAAGUCUCUCAAUAAUUUUUUGUCCUUGAACACUGAAUCCACGGUGGUCAGAGAUGCACCUUAACAGAUCCCAAAAAUGGUUUGGAACACUAGGAUUUGUUUUUCAUUCUUUUUAGGAUGGGGAAGUAGAGGAUGAGGGCUGCAUGAGCAUGGUGUUCUUUGUCAGAACUAUGUAUUUCACUGAAAAGUGGUAAAAAUGUCCUGGGUUGAAAUAACUGACUGAAACACCCUGGGUUCCAGUGGUUCCUGAGGCCCAGCCUAUUGAAAACCUUCAGGCUGAAAUCUAAUCUGAAGUGACCUCAGUCGAGGUAUUUUCACCAGAAGCCACUUACAGUAAAGAAUUAUUGCCUUAAAUCAGAAAGCCCAGGGAAGAGAACAGAGGUUAGAGAGCUUGGAAGGGUGCGAAGACUUAGACAUUUCUUGCUUUUUAAUGGUUGCAUUAUCAUCAAAAUGAGCCCUAUUCACGAGUGAAGACUAUGAAAACAGUGGUUUUGCAGGGAGGCAUCAAACUUCUCUGGAACUGACAGUUCUCAGGAAGUGGCUGCUAUUUUUUCAUAUCCUAUUUCAGUGACAUAGGUCUGGGCUGGGUGUAAAAUAGGCAUCAUAUUAGUCAAAUAGUAAAUCCCGUAAGACAUGAUCACGGGUGCCUGGUAUGCCAGUUUUAAUCAUUUCUUUAAUAGGGAGAAUAGUCUCUACAAAAAGCUUUCUUUCCCUAUACAGUAUAUAUUUACUUCUAGACUCAGUUUUCCUCAGUGUAGGUGAGCAUCUGGUCCAUCUGGUGGUUCUUUGUUUAAAUGCAAACUCACAACUCGCAAAUCUUCAAUGAUGGAGCAUAAUCUGCAGAUCAUAGAGGAAACCUAGCCACAGUUAUGGGAAUCCCGGCUUUUGAGAUACCUAAUUAGGAUAUAGAAAGUCCAUACCAGUCCUCUUGCAAUUUCAGGGGUUUCCUUGGUUCCAAAUACCUCAGUGAGAUUCUGAUACGCGUAAAAUAGAAAAGAAAAGGUUAACCCCAUAAGAGACAUCUGUUUCCACUACUGUUACAACAGAAGUUUGGAAUUGCCCAGCAAAAUCCUUGUCAUUUCGAUGUAGAUUCCAGUAAUGAAAAGGACUUAACCCAGCUAGUAGGUCACGGCUGCUGUCCAAAAUGUCUAUACGUGAGUACACAUUAUGCACGUACACACGCGGUGUGAGGUGCUCUCAGUACAAAACUGUUGUGCGUUCAUAUUCCCCAGUGACAAGACAGAUUCUGGAAUUUCUAGCUAGUCAACAGUCUCACAUAUCUUCUAUCUGCUUCUGCUCUGUUGCCUUAGUUGGGUGCAUCAGCGCCAUCCACCAUCUGUGAUGAGGGCAUUCUGGAGGAGGUUAACCAUCAGUCAUUUCUAUGUACCUGUUUCAUGAGAAACUUGAAUAUGCUGUGCAGAGUAGAGUGCAUGUAACAAACUCUGUACUUCUGCUGGAUUUCCUGACGUGUGUGCAUACGUAUGUGUUUGCGUGUAUACUUGUAGUCUGGGAGUGUGUGUGCCUCUCAAAGGAGGCACACGCAGGCAUAGGCCCUGGUGCGUAGAUACGGCUCCCUCUUCCUACCAUUGUGCUCGAGACUUGUGGCUCCCUUCCCAGGAAGCAGUCACCUGCCCACUCUGUUGCUUUUUGUAACGUUUCGGAGUUGGGAGAAACAAAGGCAGCUUGUUGGAUCCACAGCAAACCUACAGGGACAGGCUGUUUUCCUCCAGGAGAAGGUAGAACACAAGUACUCAAGUGGUACGCAGAGCAAGAGAGCGGCAGGCUGGGGCACCUCCCUUGGUCUCCUGGGGAGGAGGGGCAUGCGGCCAGGGAGCAAGGCCUGGGACAAACUUUGGUCUGAGCCAGUCCAUGGCUUGAAAGCCUCCAUUCCUUUCCUCUAUGGAACCCAGUGUGUGCACACAAACACCCGCCCACCCGUAAGUUUUACUCCCAAACUAAAGCUUCCUCAUCCUGCUUGCAUCGGGGGGUCAUCAUCGUAAUUCCAGACUGUGACUCCUGAAACCAACGUGGCCUUUGCCGAAGUCUUUCCAGGAGUGGGUUGUUUACUGUGUCUAGCAAACCAAUAGACUCUCGGAGGGAAUCCUUUUUGGUAGUCUGUAAGAAUUGAUGGCUCUCGCCCAUCUCAAACGUUAAAGUAGAAUGCUGCUCUGGGACACUGGUCUGCACAAAUGGACCUGGCUCUCGUAGCCGACCUUAAAGGGUGGCCUGGAAACCAUCGGAUUCAGUUUUCUCACUCCCAUGCCCUUCUUUUACUAGAUGGUCUAUUAUUUUUUAUGACAUGUAGGUUAUUUCUGCUAAUUUGCAGAAUUCAGAGGACAUUUUCUUUCCUCUUCUAUUUUGGUGACUUUUCCCCUCCCCCAUUAAGGCAGGCUACUUACACUUAGCAGCUUUUCGUUGUUGUUCUCUUUGAAAAUGUAUAUUGUCUUUCUAUAUCCAAAAGUCUGUGACUGUAACCAUAGGCAUUUCUUUUUACUGGAAGAAAAAAAUGAGUUGUUCGUUUUUGUUUUUGUUUUUGUUUUUUUUAAUUAACAGUACUAGUGACUUUGUGGAAGAAUAUGAGUUACAUUUAGGUAUGCUUACUUAAGUACAGUACACUACAUUACAGUAUUUCUGAAAGCUAGAACAUACACAUUAUAUAUAACAACUCUAUAUUGAAAUAUAUAUUACAUUAUAGUCAUUUUAACUUUGAAUCUGCCUAUGAUCAUGAGUUGAUUGAAAUAUUAUUUCUUUGCAUUUAUCACCCAUCACCAACCUGCUGCAGUUAAUCUGGUGCAUUUAAUAAUAAUCAUUACUGCUCUAGUUUGCUUUUUAUAUUAUCAGCUUCAGUAUUGUCUUGACAUGAUUUUAGAAUUUUUUUUAAAGCUCAGACUUAGCAAAUGUAGGAAAGUGAAAACUUUUUUUUAAGAAAACAUUUCUUUUCCGGUGUGGCUGAUACAAAGAGGUUCAUAUCCAAAGUGAUCUUGUUUAGCUGGCCCUCUCAAUAUCUGAAGAACAAAAGAAGUGCAUAUGAAUGUAUCUGUGAUUUUCCCUUUUAGGACUGUCACUGUUCUAUAUUUGCUUUUGAAAAUAUGACCAAGGGGCUCCUUAACUUCCAUAAGAUCUGACCAACAAUUACAGGCUGCAUUUGAAAGGGUUGCUCAUCUGAGAAGCAUAAGGGAGUGAAAUGCCUAGCUGUCCCAACUGCGUUUUCAUACAUUUAUUUUAAUACAGCUCCUUUCCUGACUAAUUUCUGUUUUCAGUGUGCUUUACAAUUAUUUUAACUAGUCUUCAAUGCUUCCCUGGAGGCAGCUUGGCAAUAUAACAUUCAUUUUCCUAGGAGAUUUUUCUUUCUUAAAUAAAACCAGAAUUUGAGGAACUUUUUCAUGACAGAGGCUGAUAGAAAUAGAACUGAGAAAUAGGGAUCUCAUUUUUUAGCCUGCAGAAUGUAUAAAAUGUUGGCUCUCGGGUCUCUGCCCCUCAGUGUCUCUCUCCAUUUGUCUGUCAACGUGGGGAUUCAGUGCCUUUCUUCUUUAGCCAGCCCAUCAUGGAAACUUCAGAAAUCGGGCAUCCUGUCUUCCUAGCCAGAAACAUUUUCAAAUAGUAUUUUCAGAUAAAGAGCUUCUUCAGUUUCCCUUAGCUACUUGACCCAAUGCCUGGAAAACUCCAUAGUUGGACAAACUUUACAUCCAUCCUGGGGACCUAAAACCAGAUUCCUUCUCUCAGUUCUCCAUUCAGGACAAAAUGAAAACAGUUGUUUAUAAUACUCAGUGUGAAAGCCCUUCCCACACUGGACCAAUAUUAAGGCCUCUCAGUAUAAAUAACACCAAUUCCAUCCUUUCAUCUUUCCUAAUAGAUUUUUAGUUUCAAAUCCCAUUUUGUUCUGCUGUGUUCCUCCUUCCCUGCCUGGCAACAAGAUUCAUCUCCCCUCCCCUUAUUCACACCCUUAGCAGUACCCUCCACUUGUGAAGCCUGGUAGACCUACUCCAGCCUACUUUGAAGGGGCUCAUAUUGAGUCUAGUAGCAAAAUUCUAAAUCUGUUUCUCCAAAGCUUUCAACUAAAUAUAUGUCUCCAGGACAGACAGAAUUGUGAAUUAAAUGGGAGUCAAGGGGACUGUUGCUUUCUCCAAUGUUUGCAAAAUACCCAAAUUGUAUCAAUUUUCCCCUUUUCUUUUCCUAACCAUGUCCCGUAUUUCUUGUUUCUCUUUAGGACUACUUUAAAUUACCUCUUCUUCUCGACCCCUGAAGAAUGCGAAUAAUUAUGACUCCUGAGUGCUCACUUCCCUCCCUUCCCCCACCCCAUUCUGAAUGCCCUUCUCUAAGCUUUGUGCAGUUAAAAAGCGCUGACAGGAGUCAGCUCCUUGUGAUUCGUAGGCAGAGUGAAGAAGUAUGUCUUCACUGUACCUUCAAAUUUUAAAAGUUAUCAAUAUUCUUUUGAGAGUGGGAGGACCUGAGUCACAGUUUUAAAUGUCAUCUGUACCAGAAAGGUCAUUAAUCCCUUUCACCUUCACAUGUGGCCAAAGGUAAAGGAAAAAAAAAAAUGUUUUUUUGUUUUUUUUUUUUCUUUAAAUAUCAUAGCAUUCAAAUUCCUGGUAUGAGUAGGACCAUUUCUGAGGGAGACCAAAAUUCAUCAAUGUGGACCCUUUCAAGUCCUGCUAAUAUUUAGGCAAAUGAUAUAUUAACCAGAUAAGAGAUUUAAAGAAAUCUAACAAAAGAGGUAACAUUUUAAAAUAAUUUUGCUGACUGCUCAAGCCUUAGUGAGCUCUUCUAAAACAAGUAAAGCCACUUCCACUCAAGUAGGAGGAAACAAUUAGGAAGCAUUGUUUUCAUUUGUUACCUUUCUGAAAAACGAAUAAUUGUUGACUAACAUAGAAAUUUAAGCAGUAAUUUACUGAGAGAUGAAAAGAUACAUAAAGUGUCUAAAGUGUCUAUUCUGCAAGCAGCUAUUUUUAAAAUGUAAACCAUAUAUAUAAUAGGGCUGACUGGAUACUAGAUACUUGACUAGAUACUGAAUACACUCCCCAGUACCUAAACAUUCAACAUAUAAUUUAGUCAUCAUGCUAGAUCUCAUUUUAAUGAGUUAUAACUAUCUGGUUGCUAAAGCAUUGCCCCAAGGGGUGAUAUCAUUCUGGAUCUAUCCCUUUACAGGGAUAGCUUCUUUCCUGUAAUAGCUUCUUUCCUGACUUCCAGUCCACCCCUCUUGCCAUGCUCCUACAUUGCCUCUUGGCUCUCAUGCAGACAAAUUCUGUGGCAUUUAAAGUACUACCUGCUUUGAAGUGCACUGGAGGUAUGCUAUUUCAAUUCUGGCUUUACCCAUUGACAAACAGAAUCAAAAUUUAUUAUCCGAGGUAUAUUCUUAAUGUGACUAGAGGCUUGACCCAUCUCCUCCCUUAAUUAAAUCAGUCUAUAACGUCAACUCACACCUUAGAGAGCCACAAAAUAAAGAGAGAGUUCAAAACCUUCCUGAGUCAUACAUCUAGUAGGAAACCAACAUUUCUUAAAGCCAGUAUUUAUGUGGCCUAGGAUGGUGAUCCUCCCUUGGCCAUGUUUUCCCAGUCAAUCUCACGUCUUUCUCUUCAUUUGUCUGUUCUAACUCCCUCUAUCUUUUUAAAAAAGUAUUCUUCAUCUAAAGUACUCUUCUCCUCAGGCUUUGGCUUCUGAAACAGUGAAAGACUGUCUUUUAAAUCCUAACUACUAUUGUUUAAAGUGUAAUGUGGAGUAUGAGAGGAUCCAGUUCUGACAGGCCCCAUUUGGUCACAAUCACAAAGAUUUCUCCAGGAUGCCUUCUUGACAUUGUUCCUUCUGGCUCCCCAAGAAGAGCCCUAACUCUGAGACCAGGUUUUCUCACCACAACCUCUGCAUUAGUCUAGAUUGUUGUGUAAAUCCUGAUAAUAUUCUAGAGACUACAGAGUGUGAAUUUCUUAUUGCUUAUGAGCCUCCUGCUUUUGUAAACUGACACCUGUCAGGAGCACCAAGGCCCCUAUCAGUAACUAAUGCAGCAAAAUGAUGGUCAUAAACAUUAUAGUACAUAAUAGGGAGAAUAAGAAGAGAUUUCUUUCUUCUUUUCCCCC